AUGUUGAACUGGGGUGAAGGUGACACUGACAGGUGUGCACGUAGGCCUCAGUUCCCUGAGAAGCUUCCUGGCCGCACGCCCUGUCUCAGCGCCCGGUGGCCCCACACAGCCCGCCCGCCUUUCAGAGCCCUUGGCUCACUCGCUUUUGAUUGCGCUUCUCCGUACUCCAUCAGACUCCAAGCUGCAUGGUCCCCAGGCUGCCCCCUCCCUCAGCUGAACUCCAGAAUUCAGUGCAAAUGUGUUGGCAAACGGAUUACGGUCCUGAAAGAAAUCUCAGAUCUAGUCACAGAUCAGCCUAGAUCACAGAAAUCAGCGCCCCCAUGGCCAAAUACCAAGGCAUUAGACUUCAGUAGAAUCCUGGAGUCAAGGUUUCUAAAAAGGCCUUCAGUUGAUUCUAGCCCUGAUGGUCUUCUGACCUCAUUUGGGGGAAAUGGAAAAGCGUGCUCUGCCCCUGGGGUGCGCGUCGCUGGCGCACUCACGGUAGCCGCACAGGCCUCUGGGUUGCUGGAGGCUUGUUGCGGCUGGUGUUGCCCCCGGGACACCGGGGUGGUGGGCGCCUCUGCGCCGAGGGGUUGUCGGGUUUGCGGGUACUGUUGCUGUGGGCGCAGGGGCCAGAGUCCAGGGUACUGCGAUGGCCGGAGGGCCCCGAGUCACGGAUUCCGCUGCGGCGGCCCAGGCCCUCGUGGCCACUGGAGCCGGGAGGCGGCGUUGUGUGCCACACUGUCUCCGCUGCAGCAGGCUCUCUGGAGCCGCAGGCCAAGCCACCAGGACCAGGGCCUCAGCUCAGGCGCUGCUUCCACCAUCCCUACCUCCUCUCUCCGUUCCAGGUGCCCACCUUCAGCUGCAGAGUUGCAGACUGAAGGGGAGAGACACAAAGACAGAAUCUCAGGCUACCACAAUGCCAAUAUCACCCACAGCCACGUCCUUCAGCCGAGACCGAUGAAAUGCCGGGCACCGAGAGGAGCAGUGACCGAUCAGACUGCUGAAGCAAUGGCAGUGAACCUUGACAAUGAGAACUAUUUCUGAAGCCUGGGGACUGGCAAAUGGAGCUGGGGAAAAGUGCAGUUCCAUAAAUAAAUAAAUAA